UUGCUUGUCCACAGAUCUUUCCAGACCUACCUGUCGAGACGACUGUCUGUUGACGAGUUCGAGCCCUGAUAUCGUCACGCCAAGUGAAUGCUUGAAGACCGGAAAAUUGAGGAGAGUUUGGGGCUGUCCAUCGCAGAUAAACACCGAGACAACGCUUGUAGAACGUCUUGUGAACAUCAUUCUUACUUUCUUCGUCGCAAGGGCAACAGAAAACAUACAAAAAAUGAGAGCUAUAUUGUGCAUAUGCGCCUUGGCGCUCUUCUGUGAGGCAGCCAUUGGUACGCCCUACGUCGAUGCAGACGACGAGUUCGACGACGCCCUGGAUAUGACCAAACGGGUCGCGGACAUCUUGUCUCCAUCCACACACCACCUGGGCAAGCGGCCGGUCAACUGCCCGCUUGACUGCUUUAGCUGUGCCAAGUUCAUCCGCGACGUGAUCCCUGAUCCAUGUGUCCGUGGUUGCCGGAAAGAGACUGAUAGCCCGACUUACACAACUGACCUUGAAACGUGGUAUAGGUGCGCCCAGUUUCUGUCCAGGCCCCGUUGAUUACUCUAACAUUUUACACACGUCUAGGACACAGAAUAAUUACAGGGUGCAACAAUGCAAAAAAAUCCUCAUAGCCAUUAGUGCUAAAUGCCCAUACUUCAAAAUUCUUUUAAAAAU